AUGAGAAGGGAUAAUCAGAGCUGUGCAUCUGAGUUCCUCCUCCUGGGUCUCCCCAUCAGGCCAGAGAAACAGGGUAUAUACUAUACUCUUUUCCUGGUCAUGUACCUGACCACCGUGCUGGGGAACCUGCUCAUCAUCCUGCUCAUCAGACUGGACUCCCGCCUCCACACACCCAUGUACUUCUUCCUCAGCCACUUGGCCUUCUCUGACAUCUCCUUCACAUCAGUGACCGCUCCCAAGAUGCUCUUUAAUAUGCAGACACGAAGUCAAUUUAUCUCAUAUGAUGGCUGUGUUUCACAGGUUUAUUUUUUCUUAAUUUUUGGGUCUUUGGAUAGCCUCCUUCUCACCUCGAUGGCCUAUGACAGAUAUGUGGCCAUCUGUCACCCCCUCCACUAUAUCACCAUUAUGAGUCAGAGUCUGUGUUCCAUGCUAGUAAUUGUGUCCUGGGUCCUAUCCUAUGCCAGUGCCCUUUUGCACACCCUUCUCUUGGCCCGUCUGUGGGACAAUAUGAGCUGUGUGUCUGAGUUCAUCCUCUUGGGGCUCCCCAGCUGGACAGAGAAACAGGGUCUAUAUUAUGCCCUUUUCCUGGUCAUGUACCUGACCACCGUGCUGGGGAAUCUGCUCAUCAUCCUGCUCAUCAGGCUGGACUCCCGCCUCCACACCCCCAUGUACUUCUUCCUCAGUCAUCUGGCUCUCACUGACGUCUCUUUUUCUUCAGUGACAGCCCCAAAGAUGCUCUUUAAUAUGCAGACACAGAGUCAAUCCAUUUCCUAUGCUGGGUGCGUAUCUCAGGUGUAUUUCUUUUUACAUUUUGGGUGCUUGGACAACCUCCUUCUCACCUCCAUGGCCUAUGACAGGUAUGUGGCCAUCUGUCACCCCCUUCACUACAUCACCAUCAUGAGUCAGAGUUUAUGUUUCUUGUUGGUAAUGAUGUCCUGUAUCCUGUCCUCUGCUGUGGGCCUCUUGCACUCCCUCCUCUUGGCCCGUCUGUCUUUCUGUGGAGACAACAUUGUCCCUCACUUCUUCUGUGAUCUUUCUGCCUUACUUAAGAUGUCCAGUUCAGACACCACCGUGAAUGAACUGGUUAUCUUUACAGCAGGAGUAGUGGUCAUUACUGUCCCAUUUAUGUGCAUUCUGGUGUCUUAUGGGCGAAUUGGGGCCACCAUCCUGAGGGUUCCCUCUACCAAGGGGAUCUUCAAAGCCUUGUCCACGUGUGGUUCACACCUCACUGUUGUGUCUCUCUACUAUGGGUCAAUUAUUGGGCUCUACUUUUUGCCCUCAUCCUCUAACUCCAAUGAGAAAGAUGUCAUCGUGGCUGUGCUCUACACUCUGGUGACACCCAUGCUAAAUCCCUUCAUCUACAGUUUGAGGAAUCAUGAUAUGAAAGGGGCUCUGGGAAAUAUUCUUAACAGAAUAAUGUUUUCAUCAAGAUAA